AUGCAAUAAAAUGUCACUUGUUUAGAUCAUGGAAAGUAAAUGGAAUAUCUAAAUUUUCAUGUAAAUUCUAAAUAAAAUUUGUUUUGUGAGGAAUGCAUUAAAACUUAAAAUAUUUAACAUACAGUAGUAAGAAUAGAUAAAAUUAGAGAUAAGGUUAUAAAUGAAUUAAAAAAUGUAAUUAAUUAUUAGAAUAACUUUAGAUUAAACAAUAGUAGGAAAAAUAUUAAAAUAAAGUUAGAAUUAUAUAAAAUUCAUUAAUUUCUUUAAAGGAAAAAGAAUAGUAAUUAUGUAAAGUUAUUGAUGAUAUUGAUAUCUAUUAAUUUUAAAAUAUUUAAGAUUAUAUUUAAAAAUUUUAUAGAAUAAAUAAUGGGGAUAUUUAGACAACAUUUAAUCAAUAAUUUUUUUAAGAUACAAAACCUAUAGAUUAACUAUAAAGAAUAUAUACUUUUAGUAAUGAAUAUAAAAAUGACUCUAUUAUAUUAUUGAAUAAAUUCACUAUAUAACAAAGUAUUAUGGAUGAUAAUUCAUUGAUUAGAUAAAGUGAUUAUGAAUUCCCUUGCAGUGAUUGACCCAAUAUUAGAUCAAUAGUAAGAGAGCUCAAUCUACUUUAAAAUAAAUGUAUACUAUAUCCUUUAAAAUUAAUAAGCAUAUAGGUUAGAGUGUUGCAAUAGGAUUUUGUGAAUUAGAAGUUAUUAAAUAAUAAUAGUAUUAAAUAAGUAAUUGGAAUUCUUUAGGUCAUGGAUGUUAUUUAAUAUCAAGUGGAGGAUGUAAUAUAAUUAAUUAAUUAUAGAUACUUAUAACUCAAAAGAUUGGAAAUUUAAUUUUAAAAAAAUUGGAUUUUGUUUUAAUCAAAAUUAAAUUAUUAAAAUUAGUCAUGAUCCUUUGAAUAACUUAAUUAUAUUUGAAAAACUAAAUGAGUCUAAAAGUCAAAUAGAAAUGAAUAUAAAUGCAUAAAAUUUAUAUGCUUGUGUUUAUGUAUCAAAACCAAAGGAUGAGAUUGAAAUUUUGAAUUUUUGA